CACAUUUCGCACAUUUUUACGCCUCGUGUCUGAUCCAUUCCCUGCAGUUUCGGAGGCUCGUCCUCUCCCAACAAUCACAAGCCACUUCGCAUUUUUCUCCCAGCUAAUAAAAGCAAAACAAAAUCCUUUCUAGCCCCCAAAAUCCAGAAUUCUCUCAAUCUAGACCAUACUCUGUUAGUCUCAGCUGCUCUUAACCCUCUGUCGCCGCCCACGAAGCAACAGUAAAAGAAAAGACAACAGGAGCGAGUGUAGGAACCAUCAUGUCCUGGCAGGACUACAUCACCAAGCAGUUGCUGUCCACGAACCUGGUGAAGGAUGCACUGAUCGCCGGGGCGGAUGGCGCCAUCUGGGCCCAGAGUAAAAACCUCAAGUCGACGAAGGAGGAGCUUCAGCCGAUCAUCAAGGGAAUCAAAGACGGAGGCGGAGCCCUGACCACCUCCGGAGUCAAGUUCUCAGGCACCAAGUUCAUCUUCCUCUCCGGCAACGCCGGCAAGUGCAUCCGCGCCAAGAAGGCCAAGGUGGGUCUGCACGCCGCCAUGACGGAUAAGACGGUGGUCGUAUCGCUGUACGAGGACCCCGUACAGCAUGGCGAGUGUGCCGCCGUCGUGGAAAAGUUCUGCGACUUCCUCAAGGGUAAAAACUACUGACUUCUGGGAACGGCUAGAGCUACUGACUUCCCUAGAGCAAGAACUACUGACUUCCUUAGAGCAGAAACUUGACUUUUUCGAAAGCAAGAACUGUUGGAUUUCUCAAUGACGAAUAACUACUGGCUUCUCCAACGGCAAAAACUGCAGACUUUCUCGAGGGCACGAACUGCUGACUAUCGUAGAGCAAGGACUACUGACAUGUCCAGCUGCUGCGGCGACGGCCGAGGUGUUGAGAAAGCACCAGAGAUUGGUGUUAGAUAUAGGCGGUGGUGGUGUUUUGUGUUUCGUAGUGAUGUGCGUUCAAUGAUGGAACCUAAACGAUGAACGAAUA